GAGCUUGGGACCAUGAAAGAUAAGCAACAGAAUGUAUUCCUGUGAAUGGGCGGAGCUAAAGAGAGUGUGACAGCGUGACAAACUGGGAAAAAAGCACUGUAGCCUGAGAUCUUGACGGAUGUAGGUCUAAUUUAAAGAGCAGACACCUAUUUUCAGCACUACUAUGUGGAUUCACAGGACCUCCACAGCCACAGCCUCAACAUAUUUGCUGAUAAUUAAAAUGGACUGUUUUUAUUGGUGAAGAACUUGUAUGGUAAAAGUGCAGGAUAUAAACAAGGCCGAGCAUUCUUUAACAGUGCAGGUUCAUUUCUGGUCAGCUUCACUUUACUCAAAUUGCCUCCACAGGAACCAGAUCUCGAUCCAACAGAAAACCUUUGGGAUGUGUUGGAACUGCAGAUUGGUAUCAGAUAAAUCAGCUGAUAAAUCUGCGAUAUGUUGACACUGCAGAUGAUGAGAACUUCAGAUAUCUUUGUCUACACUUUUGCUAAAUUUCAUUUAUUUCAAGUGUAACAGGGCCCUUUUUUCCUCAAGGCGCAUUUGCAAACCAAUAUUUCCAAGUUGUUAUUUUUCCAUGUAUAAAUCUUUCAGUGUGAUAUCCUGUAAUGUAUGUGUCUCUUCUCAGUACCUCUACAAGCUACUAUAUAAAAUGAAAUGACCGUAUCCUUUAAACUUCUCAUUUUGUUGUCGGUGGGGUUCUGGCAGUUAAAAUGGAAGCAAAUUUUGUCUACCUUGGCUAAUGUCAGUGCUUUCUUUCAUAGGCAAUCUGAAGCAAAAACAUGAAUAUUUUCAUGGCAGCAGUCCCCCUACCACCAGAAACACAUCCUAUAAUCCAGUGCAUCACUAAGAAUGACCUCAAAAACCUCAAGAAAUUACUGAAGGACAACAAUAUUAAUGGAGUUUACCCCUGUAGUAAGUGUAGGGAUUAUAUAACCCCAUUGAUUGCUGCUGUUAUUAAUAACAAAAGAGAUAUAAGUUCUUACCUUUUGCAUCAGGGUGCAGACCCAAAUGAACCUUCUCGACUCCGCUGGACACCUUUGCAUUAUGUCUCACAUUACAAAACAUCACUUUAUUUUGUGGAUCUGUUGCUUGAGGCAAAAGCUAAUCCAGAUGGAUGGAGCAUUCCUCCUCUGCAACAACAGAUAUUCACACCACUGCAAGUUGCAGCCAUUAAAGACAGGGAGGAUAUCAUGAAAAGGCUCAUCUCUGCUGGUGCAAUGGUGACACUGCCGCCCAUUAAUGUGUCCAUGAAUAAGCCUCAGUGGCUUAUUGACAGUAAAAAAAUAUCUCAGAUGAUUAAUCAACUUGCAUCAAAUGGAGAUAGAGUGUGUUCCCAAAUUAGACAUUUUUUGAAAGUGGAAAUUGCAGUUUUUGAAAAAACACCUGACGAAGUGUUUAAAAUGUUCAACAGUCACAUGUUGUCAGAGGAUCCUCAGACUCAUCUGACCAUGAUUGAAAUCCUUUUUACUGUUACUGGGAGAGGGAAAGAAAAAUACUGCCAGGCUUGCAUUAAAUGGCUAAAGGAAACUGGAAAUGUAAAUACUUACAUUGCAGGUGCAGCCAGUCGCUUUCCAAACAUCCCUAAGACACAAGUAGGGAGGGCAGUUGAAUGUUUGAAUGCAGUUUUCUGCACAAUGGAAGACAUAACAAAUGAGCAUGCAGUAGCUAUAAUUCCACAACUACUGAAACUGCUUUGCUUAAAAGAGAGACCUGACAUCUGUGCAGCAGUGCUACAAACACUGUAUGUGAUAACACAGAAAACAAAAGGCACAAAGGACUGGCACGUCAGCUUUUUAGAGAACUUAUGCAGAACAGUUGCCCCUUUUGUAAAUGAGCAACACUCCACUGAGAUCAGGGUCUACACAUACGGUAUAUUUGGAAACCUGCUGUCAGUUGAACAGACAGCUAAUAUUUUUAAAUCAGUGAUAACUUCAGUGCCCGAGGACAUACUGACAUCUGUAGAAAUGGAAAUGAAUGAAAAGAUGAAAGAGGUGCUGAAAAGUCUAAACAAUUAUUUAAGGAUUCAAAACUGUGAGGGAAACAUAGCCUCACCUUUAGUCAGGAAGAAGAAAACAAAGAAGAAAAAUAUGGAAAAGAAGGAAAAACAAGAAGACCCACAUGCUGAAGUUUCCACUGCAGCAACUGAACUAACAUCAAAAGUUCCUGUUGUAGAAUCAACUUCAGAUGUGAAGCCUUUUGACUACAGCAACAAUAAAAAUGCAGAAAAACAUAAAUGGCUUCAAAUCAGCAACAGGUGGAAGGAGAAACUGGAGAAACUUGUUGGCACAGAUGACAGUAAAAUAUCCAGAAUCAGAAGCAUUAUUUAUGUGAAUGAUGCAGAAUUCAGAAUAGCAAAGGGAAGCGAUGGUACUGAAGUCUUCUUGGGGCUGAGAGAGGACGGCACAGAAGUUGCCAUUAAGAGAAUGUCUAAAAGCAACUAUGACGUGCUGAAGAACGAAGAAGGAAUCCUACGACUCCCAGAACUCGAUCAUCCUUAUAUCGUACGAUAUGUUGAUGCUGCAGAGGACGAGAACUUUGGAUAUCUUUGUCUGCAACUUUGUGAAUACACCUUGGAAGAAUAUAUCAGCAACAAUGACCCUGACCCACAGAUGUUAAAGAAACUUGUGAAACAAAUUCUUGAAAGUUUAAAGGUGCUUCACUGUGGAAAUCCUAAAAUUCUCCACCGAGAUCUCAAACCCCAGAACGUUCUGAUUGAUGUUACUGGGAGGGCGAGAUUAGCUGAUUUUGGCAUAAGCAGACGCUUACUCAAAGGCCAAACAACUUUACGUACAUGCAGUGCAGGAACCAGAUGCUGGAUGGCCCGAGAGACUUUAGCAGAAGAAGCAGAAGAAUCUGUGAUAUCAUACAAGUCAAGCACUGACAUCCAGGUGGCAGGCAUGCUGAUCUAUUAUAUCCUCUCUGGAGGCCACCAUCCAUUUGGCAAAUCCUUUAAAUGUGAGUCUAACAUUUAUGAUGGGAAGUACAGUUUGGAUCAUGUUCAAGAUGAGGUGGCAAAGGAUCUGAUCGAGUGGAUGAUCAACAAAGAGCCAAAGGACAGACCCAAAAUAGAAGAAUGCUUAAACCAUCCCUUCUUCUGGACUUCUGAAAAGCAGUUUGAAUAUUUGAGGGAAACUGGCAACAGGGAGGAGGUGGCAAACUGUCGAAAGGCUGAUGAAAAGCUCAUUGGUUCACUAGAAGCAUGUGCUAAUGGAUCCUUCAAACUGUGGAAAAAUAAGUUUCCCCAAGAGCUGGUUCUAAAGAUGGAUGGCAGAAAGCCGUACCCUGAAACCACACUGGGAUUACUGCGCUUUAUACGCAAUCUCCAUGAGCAUAAUCGCAAAGAAGCUCCUGAAACUGACGUAUUAGUGUUAUUUCCUGAUCUCUUUGGGUGUGUUUACAAGUUUACCAAGAUACACGGCUGGAAUUUAGAGACACCCUUGAAGGAAAUGCUUCAAAGAGAAGAAACAAAGGACAUUAAUACCGCCUUUGCAAUGAUGUCUACAAGUACAGACAACCCUCUGAGUGUCGCAGUAAAGGAGUCUCAAUAGUGACUUUAAACAAAGUUGAAUUCAAUCAGGACGAAGGAUGUCAUUAAGGACUGUACAGUAGUUUUUUGUAUGGUUUUAUAUUUAGUAGUGAAUCUAAAAUGUGCUAUUAUGGUGGCUGCAUUUGCAAAUGUUAGUAAAAAAAAAUUUGAACCUCAAAAAAAAAAAAAAAAUGGGAACACUGACAGUACUUAAGGAUAAAUUCUUCCACUUAAGUUUUUUUAAUUACAUACAGACAAACAUUUUUUUCAGUGUUAUUCCGGAUGGGAUUAACUUACUUUUUCCUUUUUUAAAUUUAUUUUAGUUUUGUUGUGUGAAUAAAAUAGCUUAAGCAUGCAUUUUGAUUUUUGAAAAUUUAUACAUAACAUGCCAGCUGUAUACUAGUAUUAUGUACCAUGCCGACUUUCCUAAACAUGUAUUUUGAAUUAAAGUCAAUGUCAUUGCAAAUUUACUAAAAAUAUUAGAAUUUGUAUGUUUUAUUAAAGAUUUUCUUCUCAUUUUCAUAUUGUAAAAAACUGCAAAUUUGAUGUUUAGUGGCUAAAUAAAUUUCUUUAAAA